ACUUAAAACAAAUUCGGCAUGACAGCUCUAAGUUUACGAGGGCAACUUGGUAAAAACUCAUAAACCUCCUAUUUUCCACGCUUCUUCCUCCGUUUAUCCGUUACCUUCAUCACUUCACUUCACCUGCAUUCUAUUGCACUGUCGUUGGACCUUGAUGAUGGGUCCUUCUACCCUCUCUCUUGUUAUGGUGCAACACUCUUCCACAUCAUCAUCAGGUGGUUGCACAAAGAGAAAACAGAACGUGCAGCUGAGAAAUCCUUUUGCUUCAGUUAGCAUGGGAGAGGAGAAGCCAUUUGAUUUCUUACGCACUUUAUUUGAGGGCGUUAUAGCAGGAGGUACAGCCGGAGUCGUAGUUGAAACAGCUUUAUACCCAAUUGACACUAUAAAAACACGUUUGCAGGCUGCUCGGGGAGGAGAAAAACUAAUACUGAAGGGACUUUAUUCUGGAUUGGCAGGGAACCUUGCUGGUGUCUUACCGGCAUCAGCUUUAUUUGUUGGAGUUUAUGAACCUCUGAAGCAGAAACUGUUGAGGAUGUUUCCUGAAAACCUGAGUGCUUUUGCUCAUCUGACUGCAGGUGCCAUAGGGGGCAUUGCUGCUUCACUGAUUCGCGUUCCAACAGAGGUUGUUAAGCAACGAAUGCAAACUGGACAGUUUACUUCAGCUGCUGGUGCUGUCCGCUUUAUUGCUGCUAAGGAAGGUUUUAAAGGACUUUAUGCUGGGUAUGGAUCUUUUUUAUUGCGGGAUUUGCCCUUUGAUGCUAUUCAGUUUUGCAUCUAUGAGCAGAUUAGGAUAGGUUAUAUGGCUGCGGCCCGAAGAAAUUUGAAUGAUCCAGAAAAUGCAAUUAUUGGUGCAUUUGCAGGUGCACUAACUGGAGCUAUAACAACUCCCCUUGAUGUCAUCAAGACAAGAUUAAUGGUUCAGGGAUCUGCAAACCAAUAUAAUGGAAUCGUAGAUUGUGUUCAAACAAUUAUCAAGGAAGAAGGACCUAGUGCACUUUUGAAGGGUGUUGGGCCUCGAGUACUAUGGAUAGGGAUCGGUGGUUCGAUAUUCUUUGGUGUUCUUGAGGGUACAAAACGUUUUCUGGCUGAGAGGCGUCCUACACCUUCAGAGUCUCAGCCAGAAAAGGUUAAAUAAGAGAUUGCCGCAGCUCCACUUUUCUUGGUGCCAUUUUUUAUGUGUAAUUUGAUAUAUUUUUGUUAUAUUCCCUCUCAAUUUUAAGCGAUAGGAAUAAGAUUACAGUUUCGUUUGGAUAGUUAAUGUAAGGCCUCCAGUGAAAGAAACUUAUAACAAAGUCUUGUGUAACAAGUAACUUGUUUACGGGAGUAUCAAGAUUAAGAAAACUAGCCAACGAGGUACAAUACUACAAUAUGAUAUCGUUCCAAACA